GAAGUCUUGAUAAUUACUCAGGUGUGAGCACUCAGGAUUUGUUGGCAGUCUGGGUGCGAGAAGAGUCCAGAAGUCUUUCAAAUAGCUUUUUAAAAAUAUUUUGGGAUUGUGCAUAUUUAUUUUGUCAACGACCAAGUGGUCAAGAGCUGGCCCUGAACUCGAAGCAGUGUAAAUUCAGAUGCAUAGAUUAAACCAAGGAAUCCUCUUUUAAAGAAGCAUUCUCUACGCCCUGACUGGUUAGUCUUCUCUACACUCUGAUACUACUACCCUGGUGUGACCUGAGGCUCAGCCGACGUCAUGGCUAUCUCUCCUACCGUAACCCUCCACCUGGACGAUGGUGUGGUGCGUGGCCUGGACCUGCAGUCCUGUGCUGUCCAGCUGUGUAAAGGACAUGGUCACUGUGUGGCUCAGGGACAGGCCACCACCUGUGAGUGUAUCCUGGGGUACAGAGGAGAGUUCUGCCAUGAGAGUGUCAAUGAGGCAAUCGGUGUUCCGCUCACCCUGGGGGUAGUGGCCUUUAUCGUUGGCAUCCUCAUCCUCUCCUUCCUCAUUGCGUUCAUCAGGCAGAGGGUCAAGGUCAAAAGGAAAGCUGCAGCCAAGGAUUCACGUGGUUUAGAAAAAGACAUUCUGUAGCAUCAAGGUUUGGUUGACGGUCCAACAUCAGAGCACAUCCCCUUCAUCAGGCUUUAUCCCCGGUAUAAACAAUUAUAUACUGUAGUACUCUUCAUAUGAACUACAUGCGUUAGUGUUAACUACUAUACCAUAGCACUAUUUAUAUAAACAACUAUUUACUGUAGUACUCUUCAUAUGAACUACAUGCGUUAGUGUUAACUACUAUACCAUAGCACUACUUAUAUUAACAACUAUGCUGUGGUACUAAUUGAAAUCCAUAUUUGGUGGGACGACUCGUGAAAAGUAAGGACUGUUUUUGGCGAUAGCUGUGUUCGAAUACUAACAAACUGUAUACUACAUACUUAAUAAGUGUAUAUUACAUACUAUAUACUGUUUGUUGAUUUUUAGUAUACUGUAAAUGACCGGUAUCCUUUCAGUUGAUUGUACUAGCGCUUUGCCUGUCUAUCUGUAGUUGAUGCUGUUGCUAUGCAACUUCUUGUUAGCAUAGCUAACAAAUUACUAGCUAGACGUUUUAUGACUUCAUUGAGAACCCACAACGGCUAUACCACUUAGCUAAGCCAAGAAUAGUCAAGCCAAUAAAUGUUGGGUAGUUAGCAUAUAGUUAAUAUACUGGCAAGUUUGUAUUAGUAACUAGCUAACAUACAGUACCUACAAGCAACUGCUGUAAUGAUACGCUAUGCAGUUCUAUGCUAACAAACUGUCAGCGAACGUAACGUGACUUAUUUGAAAAGUCGUUACUCCAGAGUGGUGCAGCGGUCUAAGGCACUGCAUCUCAGUGCCAAAGGUGUCACUACAGACCCUGGUUCGAUUCCAGGCUGUAUCACAACCGACCGUGAUUAGGAGUCCCAUAGGGCGGCACACAAUUGGCCCAGGGUCGUUAGGGUUUGGCCGGGGUAGGCCGUCAUUUAAAAAAAUAAUUUGUUCUCAACUGAUUUGCCUAUUUAAACCCCAAUAUUAAAGGUUACAUUAAAAUUACAUUUCUCAACAAUUUCCUUCCGUUUGAGCCUGGCCUGACUGGCUUACCUCCUUUAGAGCCUGACUGGCUUACCUCCUUUAGAGCCUGACUGGCUUACCUCCUUUAGAGCCUGACUGGCUUACCUCCUUUAGAGCCUGACUGGCUUACCUCCUUUAGAGCCUGACUGGCUUACCUCCUUUAGAGCCUGACUGGCUUACCUCCUUUAGAGCCUGACUGGCUUACCUCCUUUAGAGCCUGACUGGCUUACCUCCUUUAGAGCCUGACUGGCUUACCUCCUUUAGAGCCUGACUGGCUUACCUCCUUUAGAGCCUGACUGGCUUACCUCCUUUAGAGCCUGACUGGCUUACCUCCUUUAGAGCCUGACUGGCUUACCUCCUUUAGAGCCUGACUGUUAGUGUUGUCUGACUCAGGACAAGUGAUUGAAAGAGAAGUGAUUGAAAGACACACCUAAGCAGUGGAAACAUUUAACACGUUUUCUCCAAAACAUGACAGGAAUUUCAACGCUGGUAAACCAGUCAGUCCAACAGUGUUUUUCAUUGGCAACAGAAAGCAUCCGCUGGGGAUUGAGGUUUGAAAAUAAACACUGUUCUAUACAGGCUGUAGUGUUCGUCAAAACAGGUUUCGUCUUGCAUGCUUAGGAUUGCAUGACUAUCCCUAUUGUGCUGCUGAGAUCAAAGUGAAGUUUACUGUCCAACAUCAGAGCUUGGCCUUUUCAUUGGCUCCAUCCCUGGUACAUGUAUAAAUAACUAUAUAUUGUAGUACUAUACAUAUAAACAACUAAAUAAUUAUAUACGUGACUACUGUAUACAGUAUACUGAAGUACUAUUCAAAUAAACAACUAUAUACUGUAGUACUAUUCAAAUAAACUACAUGCGCUAGUACUACUAGUGUUAACUACUAUACAAUAGGACUUCUUAUAUAAACAAAUAUGCUAUUAGUGUGGUGAUGCACUCUGUUGCCUAACUUGUUUGUGUUGCUUGUGGCUGUAUUGCUUGUGGUUUGUUGCCUGACUUGUUUGUGCUGCUUGUGGCUGUGUUGCCUGACUGUUGCCUGACUGGUUUGUGCUGCUUGUGGCUGUGUUGCUUGUGGUUUGUGUUAACUGAUUUUGUGUUCCCUGACUUAGUGUUAUCUCUGACUCAUUAGUGACUAAUAGACCUAAGCAAUGGCAACAUUCAGUUGCUCCAAAACAUGACAAGAAUUCCAACUGAGCUUUUCAUUGGCCACAAAAUAUACACUGUAUACAAGUCUGGUCCCCUCGCUGAUAUAAUUUUCUCUUGUAACUGUAAACUCAAGUGAGUUUGUUUUAAUUUCAAGCUGCUCCAGUCUCUCCCUGUAGAGGUGAGAGCGUAAUGGAAGCCUGUACAGUCAUGGACCUUCGGAUCAUACAACCGCCUUGUUAAUUCCAUGUGGAUAAAAUGCUAUUAUGUUCUGGAAUAAUUAUUGUUGACGCAUUGCAAACAAAAUAUUUUAUCCAUUGUAUUUUUUUAAGCUUUGUUCUUGUAUCUGAAUUUUGGAUAUGCUUAAACCUGGGCAAAUUCACAUUAAAACACUGUUUACUUCUGUGUGA